CUCUAGUGUUUCAUGGUCAUGAAUCUUCUUGAUAUUUAUUCAUCCAAAUAUGUUUAUCAAUCUCAUGAGCUACUAGAUAACCCUUUGGAUUCACUUGUGAAAGAGUUCCAUUAACGCCUUCUGUUCUCUCUCUCUCUCCAAUGGCUUUAUGGGAUCUGUUGUAAUAUCAUUCAAAGUGCACUCUUCUGAAUUCAUGCAGGCUUUGAAGUAGAGAUUUUUCUUUCUUUUUUUCUUGACGAUUUGGUAUAGAUAACAACAGAUAAAAAUGAAGUUCAUGAAACUUGGGACAAAGCCAGAUACUUUCUACACUGAGCAAGCUACCAGGACCCUGAUAUCAGAUAUAGCUGCAGACCUUGUGAUUCAAAUCAAUGAUAUUACUUAUCUGCUACACAAGUUUCCGCUUCUUCCAAAGUGUGGCCUCCUACAAAGGCUUUGUUAUGAUUCUAGUGAUUCGGAGAGUGUGUCUCUAGAACUUCAUAAUAUACCUGGAGGGGAAGAUGCAUUUGAACUCUGUGCUAAGUUUUGUUACGGAAUUUCAAUCAACAUUAGUGCACAUAACUUUGUAUCCGCACUCUGUGCUGCCAAGUUCCUUAGAAUGAACGACUCCAUUGAGAAGGGAAACUUCGUAGGAAAACUUGAGGCUUUCUUCAAUUCAUGUAUUCUUGAAGGUUGGAAGGAUUCCAUUGCGACGCUUCAGACUACUUCUACGUUACCAGAGUGGUCUGAGAAUCUCGGUAUUGUGAGAAAGUGCAUUGAUUCAAUUAUUGAGAAAAUUCUCACACCCCCACCACAGGUCAAGUGGUCAUACACCUACACUAGGCCCGGUUACACAAAAAAACAGCACCAUUCUGUUCCAAAGGAUUGGUGGACGGAGGAUGUUUCUGAUCUUGAUAUAGAUCUUUUCAGGUGCAUAGUAAUGGCUAUUAGAUCAACCUAUGUGCUUCCCCCACAGCUUAUUGGCGAGGCUUUGCAUGUCUAUGCCUGCCGGUGGCUACCGGGCAUCAGAAAGCUUAAAAGUUCAGGUAGUUCAGCAACUCAAACAGAAGAAUCUAAGGAGAAAAACCGAAAAAUUCUUGAAACAAUUGUAAGCAUGAUUCCUGCAGAUAGAGGGUCUGUUUCAGUUGGCUUCUUGUUUAGACUCCUCAGCAUUUCAAUUCAACUCGGUGCCUCAUCAGUGACAAAAACAGAACUAAUAAGAAGAGCUAGCCUACAGUUUGAGGAGGCAACAGUGAGUGACCUGCUUUAUCCUUCAACAUCGUCUUCUGACCAGAAUUUUUAUGAUAUAGAGUUAGUUCAAGCAGUGUUGGAAACUUUCUUGAAGCUUUGGAAAAGAAUGUCCCAAGGUGCUGGGGAUAACAGCUACUUUUUAAGAUCAAUCAGAAAUGUUGGCAAGCUCAUUGAUUCCUAUCUUCAAGUGGUUGCAAGGGACGAUAAUAUGCAAGUGUCAAAGUUUAUAUCUCUUGCGGAAACUGUGCCUAGUAUUGCCCGAGAAGAGCACGAUGAUCUUUACCAGGCAAUUAACAUCUAUCUUAAGGUGCAUCCUGAGCUGAGCAAGGCAGAGAAGAAGCACCUGUGUGCGAUUCUAGAUUGCCAAAGACUGUCCCCAGAAGUGCGUUCCCAUGCAGUCAAAAAUGAGCUUCUUCCAUUAAGAACCGUAGUGCAGCUCCUCUACUUUGAACAAGAAAAAGGCUCCAAGGCAACCACCAGCAACAAACUGCCAAAACCACAUGACAUACUUAUUGGAGCAAAGCAUAGACCAGUUACAAGAGAUAGCCAAAGCAAGCAAUCUUUAGGCUUAGAUAAAGAAGAAUUCAACAGAGAAGAAGUCACAAGAACCUCUCUUCCUGAAAGUAGAGAAAAAGAUCACUAUAAAACUAAAAGAUCAGAUGGUAAGUUGCCAUUGGACUUAGAAAAAAAGAUGGUUCUAAGAGGAGACAUUGAAGAGACAGAGUCAGAGAAGGUGAAGGAAGCCAAAGACAAAAGUGCUUCAAGCUGCAAGUUGGACUUGGAUCCUAAGAAAAUCGUAAGGGCAAGAAGUAAAUCAGACCAUGGCAUGAAAAGGGAUAAUAAUAAUAAUAUUACUAACAAUAAUCAUUGAAGAAUUCCAGAGAAAAU